CCCCAGAAAGCACAUCCUAGCAUACAUAUACUCCCUCCGCCAUACAAUAAAUACAUACAUACAUACACACCAUAUAGUAAUGCUAUGGAUAUGACUAUAAAUGGAUGAUGCACCGUCAGACUCAGCGAUCGCCAUCAACUCGUACCUCUGUGGAUGAAUCUGUUCCACCUCGGGCGAAGCGGCCGCGUGCUGCUCAAGCCUGCGACAGGUGUAGACUAAAGAAGUAUAAAUGCGAUGAAUCAUACCCUUGCUCGCACUGUAAGAAAAGCGACAUCCCUUGCGUAUAUCAAGGGAAUUACCGACAACGUGAAAAUGAUCGGUCGGUCACCUAUGUUACCGAUCUGGAAAAGAAGGUAGAUGAGCUCACUGCGAAGCUUCGCAUGGCGGAAUCCGAAAUUUCUUCCCAGCGCUCUCCCCAGUCUCAGAAAGUAGUGGCAAAUCCUGAAACCAGGCCAGUGCCCCAUUCCAUUAUAGGUGCAACCCCAUGUUCUAUGCCUCGGCAUGGUUCCACCCCAAGAGAAGAGGCGCCGCUAUCUUACGACCAUCACGACGAGGCGGGGGACUCCGUCGAGGAUGAAAUCAGUGAGCUCAACCACCAUACCAACGGCAUCGAAUAUCACGGAAGCACAUCGUCGGCGGCCUUGAUAGGCCAUCUUCAGAGGCAACAUGAGCCCCGACAAGUGCAAGAGCGACGUAUUCUCACAAGUGUGCCGGAGUACUCUAUAGUCUCGACGCUACAUAAUCCAAGUUUUUCGACCUCAUGCGCGGCUGGUCCGGCACAACCUGCGGCACUUCAUGAGCAUAAUUACUAUUUUGAGCAGGCGCAUGCGUUCAUGAACGGUUAUUUUGAGAAUAUCCAUUUUAUACAUCCUCUGAUCGACAAAGAGGACUUUUGCCUGCGGGCCCAUGAUCUAUGGUUCACCCGGAAUAAACAACCAGAGCCGAGCUUUGUCGCGUUGUACCUGAGUGUUCUCUCAUUUGGCGCCCUGGUUCGUGUUUGGGACGAAGAGAGACUUGGAGGACUAACGCGUUUCGAGUGGAGCCGGAAGUUAUUUGGCGAGACUCAAGCCUAUCUAAAUUAUUUACAGUUUUCGAAUAAUUUGGACACAGUCCAAUGCUUGUACCUUAUGGCCAAAAUCUGUCAGAAUGAGCUUAAUCCGAACUUGGCUUAUAUGUACUUGGGUCUUGCCAUACGCACAUGCCUAGCUGCUGGUUUCAACAGGGAAGUGCGUAAUUCUACGGAGCAGCGAUCUGGUUGGAUCUCAAAAACCUGGUGGGGCCUAUUCUCUCUAGAAAUUGAGAUGAGCUUUUCUGUUGGCCGCCCUGAUACCUUGGGAAUGGAUGAAUACCACAACCGGGCUCUUCCAGAAAGAGACGAUUCCGAAUACGCCAUCAUCCCAUGGAUGGUUGAUUUUGCACAAAUUAUUCGGAAAGUGUCUGUGCAGAUCUAUCACUCGCGUAUCACCUUGCAGGACAAGUUACAGAUAGCGCUUCAAAUCGAGGGUGAACUGGACAGGUGGAUGUUAAGGCUUCCGGAGAGAAUCAAGCCGGAUGUCCUGAGACAACGAGGGUCAGGAAAUGCGUUGCGAGAUCCAAAGUGGGCACGGAGGCAGCGCUUAGUUUUAGGCAUUCGGUACUACAAUGUCAAAGUGCUAUUGUUUCGUCCAUUCCUGGGCCAUUUCACCCGCAAAUUAAGACAUACACCAAUUGAACUGGAACAAACUAUUGGAAAGUGCCUUGACGCUGCGAUGAAAACGAUCGAGGUAAUAUAUGAUAUCUUCCGUAUACACACGUUCUUCCGGUGCUGGUGGUACAAUACAACAUAUGUGAUGUUUGCCACAUCGACCCUCCUACUUCCCAUGUCCAAGCUCGGCAUGUGCUCUGAAACAAUUCCUUUGCGACGUUCUGUGGAGAUGGCGCUGGAGAUCCUGGAAGCAAUGGACGAAUCCGUCGUGGCGCGGAAGUCCGUGGAGAUUAUCAAGCGUUAUCUUAGGGAAUUUAGCUUGUCAGAUACCCAAUCAAGCAUGGGGAACGGCGAGGGAAGUGUUGCAGCGUUAGCGGCGGAGACACCUAGCCAGGGCACAUUUGAUAUACCGGAAUGGGCCCAUGGUUUCGGGUUCCCGGAUUGUUCGGUCGAAGGAAUCGCCCGGCUCUUUGAUGAUAUAGGAGGAUUGCCUAUGCUAGACAAUUGAGUGUACGAUAUCGGGCGUGAUAUGAUCUGUAGUCGUAUUUUCUUGUACGUACAUCACCCCAAGCCGCCAUUACAUAGUCCUACAGUUAGAUCUCACUGUAUCAAGAAAUUCGUUAGACCCACUAGCAAAUUAUACAUGCAAACAUAUAAAGAAAGCUGCAGAUUCGACCUCUUCUUCUAAAAUAACUCCGGAUUCCGCACAACAGCCUUCUCCACCUCCUGCAGCGCAUCAUACCCAUACAACCAAGGCUGGACAUUAGGACAUGUCCUGCUCGCACGAUACUUUAGCCUCAGAUUUAUUGCCCCAAAAUCAACCAAAAGAGGUAGGAUAACAUGGC